UUGAGAUAGCUCGCGUGUCAGUUGCAUGCGGUUGCAUCAUUACACGUGUGCAUACCAUCUGGUAGGAAUAGCCGCAUUAUACCGGUCGUGAUAGAUUCGAAGAAAUUUCGGAGUACGCGACGGUAAAGGAAAUACUUAAUUUCCCCGGAUACGAAGAGGUAUAAAAUGGUUCUGGACCUUGAUCUUUUUAGAACAGACAAGGGAUUCGAUCCCGAAAAAAUUCGGGAGAAUCAGAGGAAGCGAUUCAAAGAUGUCGGGUUGGUUGACACAGUUGUCGAAAGAGACACGUUUUGGCGACAGUUGCGGCACAGAGCCGAUAAUUUGAAUAAAUUGAAAAAUGUAUGCAGCAAAGAAAUCGGCGAAAAAAUGAAGAAAAAAGAGCCAGCUGGCGGAGAUGAACCAGUGCCUAAUGACCUAGCUGAGAAUUUGGAUAACGUAACCUCGGAUAACCUCAAAAAACUAAACGUCAAUCAGAUAAAGAAGAUUCGCGCGCUGAUCGAAGAGGCGAUUCAGCAGAAUGCUCAGGACCUUAUAAAAGCUGAGACUGAGCGUAGAACCGCGCUGCGUGAAGUUGGCAACCACCUCCAUGCGUCUGUUCCAGUUAGCAAUGACGAGGAUGAGAAUAAAGUUGAAAGAACAUUUGGCGAUUGUACACAGCGCAAAAAGUAUUCCCAUGUUGAUCUAAUACACAUGAUCGACGGUAUGGAUGGAGAUCGCGGCAGCGCCGUCUCUGGUGGUCGAGGAUACUUCCUUGUCGGGCCAGCAGUUUUUUUGGAACAUGCGCUGAUCCAAUUUGCACUGAGGAAACUUUUCGACAAGGGCUACAAGCCAUUGUACACUCCGUUUUUCAUGAGAAAAGACGUGAUGCAAGAAGUGGCCCAGCUUUCUCAAUUUGAUGACGAGCUUUACAAAGUUGUCGGAAAGGGAAGUGAACGUGGAGAGGAUAAGGAAAUUGAGGAAAAAUACCUGAUAGCCACUUCCGAACAACCUAUCGCCGCUUUCCAUAGAGAUGAGUGGAUUGCAGAAGCCAGUCUUCCGAUAAAAUAUGCAGGUCUCUCCACCUGCUUCAGGCAAGAGGUCGGGUCCCAUGGUCGAGACACUAGGGGUAUAUUUAGGGUACAUCAGUUUGAAAAAGUUGAACAAUUUUGUCUCACCUCGCCACAUGACAACAAGUCUUGGGAAAUGAUGGAUGAAAUGAUAGAAAACGCUGAGUCGUUUUACCAGGAGCUCAACAUUCCGUAUCGGGUAGUAAACAUUGUAUCUGGGGCACUAAAUCACGCGGCUUCUAAAAAACUGGACUUGGAGGCAUGGUUCCCUGGUUCUGGAGCUUUUAGAGAGUUGGUCUCUUGCAGCAACUGUCUCGAUUAUCAAGCUAGACGACUUCUCGUUCGUUAUGGACAAACAAAAAAAAUGAAUGCCACUAUGGACUACGUUCACAUGCUGAAUGCCACAAUGUGUGCAGCUACAAGAGUUAUUUGUGCUGUAUUAGAAGUAAAUCAAACUGAAACUGGGAUUUUAGUACCUGAUGCUAUCAAGCAAUUUAUGCCUGCUAAGUAUCAGAAUGAAAUACCGUUUGUAAAACCAGCCCCUAUUGACGAAGCAGAAACCAAGAAACAGAAAAAACAGAAAGAAGGAAUGAAAAAAUAAAAUUCACGUAAUUAGCUUUGUUACCUUACAAAUAACUUAAAUCAACUUACUUCAACAACUCCAUAAAACACACAUAAAGUGUUGUUCACACAGGUUUAUCUGCCCGUAAAUAUAGCAUUAAUAAUUUUCAGAUUAUGCGAAAUUAGUCAAUUUUGAAAGCUUUUCUAUUGCCAUUCAACUAAUUAAUAAAUAAUUGCUUUGAUGCAUUAUUUGUAUUUAAUUAUACAAUAUGCUGAUGAGCACCUUAAACCUGUAUCCUCGUAGUAUGUUAUGUACAUACAACAUCCAGAAUCACUUAUAUUGUGUAUCAUACAUUAUUUGUAUAUAAUAACGCUAGCCAAAUUUUGAAGACCAGUUUAAUUUUAUUUUAUUUCAAAAUUUUUUCUGGCGUAUUUCAUAAAAUUUGUUUUUUGAAUCGAUACAAUAAUUAGUCGAUAAGACUAUCAGCUGGUGACAUUUUAUUUUGCUCUCAACUUUUUACUUUUGGUAGAAAGUAGAUAUUAAUGGGUAAUCGGCAAAGUGUAAGAUUGAAUUUGUGAUCUUAAUAAAACAGUGUGUACUCUA